UUUUCACCAUUCAAAUCAUUACACACACUACCCGAAAAGCCUGCUACAUUGAUUUAUCAAUAUGCAUUCUGCAUAAACAAUCAAAUUGUUACAUACACAGAUUAUAAUAUUUUACAUAUAUGCUUUUAUCUGUUAGUCACUGCUUGGAUCUGGAAAUCAUUUGCUCCAUUUCGUUUAGACACCUUUGUACCUCAAAUUCAAUAAAUUUUAGGGCAAUUUGUAUGGAAAGGGAUUUUGUUUCAGCGGAUUAUUUGGUAUAUGUGGACCUCGAUUCACAUUGAUAUAUAUAUGUAUAUGCAGAAAGAGGAGGAAGACAGAGAGAUUGAUCUGGCAGGCACCGAGCCUGAAAGCCCCUUGCCCCUUACUGUCACUUCAAGGGUACUGUAUAUGUUGGGGGAUAUUACAGCAGGUCCUGCUUAUAGGUUUGCACAAUGGCUUGAGCUUGUUCGCAAGCGCAGCAGCAAGUAUCGGGCCUCAGGGUUUCCUCACCGGCCUCAUCACACUGAGAGUAUGCCCUUAAGGAUUCACUGAAUAAAGGAUGGAUCCUUGGUGACUGGAAUUUUUGGCGGAUGUGCACCAACUUAUUUUAGUUUAGAAGAAUAUAACGUUGAUUUAAAAACUUCCCCCCCUGAGCAAGCCACAGAAAUCAGCUUGUGGGACAGACUUGGUAAAUCUGAUAUGUUAGACAUUGAUUCAAGCUCCUUCUCAUGGAACACACUUUCUUCGCUUCACCAUACGGAGCAUAGCAGCAGUACGGAGCAGUCUGAGGAUGAAAUGACUAGACCACUGGAGGUCACCGUCAAUUCUGGCGGUGUUGUUUUUUUCGCUCUAUUUAACCAACCAGAACAUGAUGAGUCUUCUCUAAAGGAAGCUGCGGCAGUCAUAAAAUUUUCAUCAUCACGGAUGGCUACCCAAUCGGAGAGACUUGGCUAUGAAUUUGCUAAGUGGCUAGGUGUCAAAACUCCACAAGCUAGGGUCGUUCAUAAUGCCAGCCCCGAAUGGCAGCAAAUAAAGGAAGCUGCAGAAAAAGCAAAAGAUUCUGCAAUUGCAGAAGGGGAUGAAAUUGGUGAAAUGACUUGUUCAGAACUUCUGGAAGCUCUUGAGCUUAGUCGCUGCCUUCUGGUGAUGAAUUAUGUCCAUGGAUCUCCUUUAUUGGAAACCUCAAGUGCUUUUGAGUCACGAGAAGUUGCAGAAAAGACUGCAGCAGCGCUUGGCAGGAUUUUGAUGUUAGACCUUGUUAUUAGAAAUGAAGAUCGCCUUCCUUGUCGCCAUCUCAGGUGGCGUGGAAACACAGCAAAUUUGCUGUGGGCUGAAAAAAGUGCUGGCGCAAAUAUGGAUGCGCUAGAGUUGGCUUUCGAUUCAGCAAUCAAUAGAUAUAGACCAAAAGUUAUUCGGGCACUUCAAAAGGAAAGAAGAGCAACUUCUAUAGACAGUAGUAGACUAAGCCCUCCGCAGCCUGCAUUGGUAUCGCAGAGUUCUGAUGUUUCUGAUAUUCUAGAAUCUCCAAAAUCUAGCAAUAUGAGUGUAAAGAGUCUUUCUUUGAAUGAGUCAGGAUGUAAUGAUCUUCAUAUUCUGGCAAUAGACUCUGGGGUACCUCGAAGACCACCAGCUGGAAAACGUACAAAUGACCAAGCAAAUUACCCUAAGCUAGUUGAGCUCCUCAUAAAUAGUUCGGAGUAUGCAUCACAGCUGUUGAAUGAAAUAACCAGUGGAAAACUGGGGACAUCGCCAGAAAAUGCUGAUGUAACGACUGAUAUACGGGAAUAUGAAAUGGCCUCAGUUGUACAAUCAUUCAAAAGUGGAUUUCGAGCAGCACUCAGGGACUUGCAGGGAUUUCAUAUUUUCCUUCUUACUCUUUACCAGAAACUAGAUGGUCUUUUGAGAACUUUUCUCAAUAUUGUAAAUAAAUCUACUUGCGGUGAUCUUGACAAAGAGGAUCUGGUGGUUCCUGAAUCACCGUCACAGGCCCACUUUCUACCUUCACCUAGCAGGGAUCGGGGCUCCACUGAUAACACUUCAGAUCUAAAUGAUUCAGAAUCACUGAGAGUAGGGCCGAGACAGCCAUCUAGCGGAUUUAGAGAAAGUUUAGAUAGCUGUUCUCCAAUAUCACGCGACAAUUGGCAUGGAAAGUCUGGCAGGGGGAGUGGAGAGCCCUUACGUAGCUUGCGAUUGACGUCAAAGCUUCGUGACUUCCACAAAUUUGCAAAGAUGGAUGCAGAACUAAACAAAGAAUUAGAACAGUGCACUGACAUGCUUAAGAAUGAUGCAAUUAAACUGUGCCAGGAGAAUAAUUUCACUACUGGGUUCUUUGAAGGCAGUGAUAGCAAUUAUAUGGUUGAUGCUUAUGAGCUAAAGGUCAGGCUCGAGCACAUUCUUGAGAGAAUAGGAUUAAUAUCUGAAGCAGCAAACACAGAAAAGCCGUCACCAAUAUCAGGCAGUCUGUUUAUCGGCGGGGCACUCGCUGCUAGAUCUGUGUACACUCUGCAGCUUUUGGGGAUUACACAUAUUUUAUGUCUGUGCUCGAAUGAAAUUGGACAGGCAGAUUCUCAGUUUCCUGAUUUAUUUGAAUACAAAAACUUUUCAAUAUGUGAUCACGAAAAUGCUAACAUCAGUGAUAUUUUCCAAGAAGCUCACGAUUUCAUCAAUCAUGUUGAGAAAAUGGGUGGUAAAGUGUUGGUUCAUUGCUUUGAAGGGAAGAGUAGGAGCGCAACACUGAUUCUCGCCUAUCUGAUGCUCAGAAAAAACUUUACUCUAUUACAAGCGUGGAAUGCGCUGAAACGAGCUCAUCGCAGAGCCCAGCCUAAUGAUGGGUUUGCGAGGAUUCUGUUGGACUUGGACCAAAAGUUGCACGGAAAAGUCUCAAUGGAAUGGCAACAUCGCAGACCGAUGAUGAAGGUGUGUCCGAUCUGUGGGAAGAAUGCUGGACUGAGUAGCAGCUCUUUAAAACUUCAUUUACAGAAGGUGCACAAGAAACUAUCAUCUGGCAGUGUCGACAGUGCCAUGACUAUGGAGAUACAGAAGGCACUCGAUGCACUCAAGAUAAGUCGAAGUGGAAGUGUCAGCCCUACCCAAAGACAAUCUCCCUCAAUGACCGAAGAAUAAACAAGGUUUACAUAUUGUCUCUUUUAUUCAUCUCAUCACUUAUUCAAGAAAGAACUUUGGAGUGCUGUGCUUUCUUUCAUUUCAUAUCGAGUGUGCGAUACAAAGUUACUAUUUAGGCUACUAAUACAUGCUUGCUAAUGCUUCCCAAGACUAAUCGAGUGAACACAGGUCGUGAAGCCAUGACUUCUGACCAAGUCCGGUCUUGGCAAGUCUGCUUCUGAAUGAUAGGUUCUGAGUUGAGCAGCUCAUGUAUCAUUUGUUCUACUUCGAAUGUUCCGCUUCUGAGUUCUGAGUAAAGAUCAUAUGCAGACUUGUUCUCGAGGA